AUGAUUACGCAGAAACUACGGGAAAUGUUAGAACGGCCAAUCGCACGGCGGCAGAGACCUGAUAUCAGGACUCCGCAAACUGUUGUGGUUGGAAAGCGAAUGACGGUUAACGGCUGCGCGUCUAUUGUCUGUUUGACUGGCCAGAGAGCAGAGGAACGGCAUCAACGCCAUGCGGUCCUUCAGGGCAUUGGACCAGGCGAUGUCAUUCGCACACCCGCACGUUAUUUUGAUUCGAUUGUGGAGGAACGACGAUUGCCGAAGUCUCAACAUUGUCGAAUGUGGCGGCGUAGACCUGCCGGUGAGGCCACGUGGGGACCAACACGUGUGGUUCCUUGUUCACAUCACAAUAAAGUGCGGAUGUGUACACGCUGUCCGUGGAUGGGAUUGGCGGUAACAGCAUCCAGAGAUAUUAAGGCAGAAAGACUCCGCCGGGCUGUGGAGACCUCUAUUGCUUUAGACAGUACGUCUUAUUCUAUUGCUUCUACUAGUGGUGGUGGUGAGACUGUUAAUACCAAUGGUGAUGAUAAUACUUUCUUAACUGAUGAGAAGAAGAAGAGAGGGAAACGUACUUGGCCUCCUUCUUCAGUACGUUUUCUAGAACCAUUUGAUAUCUCUGUAGAUGCACACACUAUGCGGGAGAUGGAGUUUCACUUUGAACAGGCAUCCCAGCGGGAAUCCACUGGUAGUGUCAAUCAAACAGAGGGAAAUAAAAUAGAGACUGCAGGAAAGUUCUGUUUUUCUAUGGAUUCAAAAACUGCACCUGAUUGUUUUUUAUGUACACUUGAACAACAACGUCUUCUUGCCUCUUUAAACCGAUGGGCAGAGCAAUUGGCUUUCCCUAUACAACAAACACUUUGUUCAGUUUUUGUAUUACAACACCCUCGAAAUCCCUCAGCACAUACAUGGGAGCGGGAUCUUCAUGUAACUCUUCUCUUACGUCAAGAUGUCUCUCGCUUUGGUGGAUACACGCCAUUGUGUGGACCAUCACAAGCAGAAAAUACACUCUCUUUAGAGGAACAAAAACUGGUAGAUGCCGUACUCUCUGCCGCACCAUUAACACAAAAUAUUGGAGUCGCUACAUUGUGUACGGAUGGUUCAUUGAGUUGUCUCUAUCCACAACCGCAGCGAGUGGAUUUAUCCCUGGCAAGAUCUACUGUAGAGAAAGAAGUUGUGCCUUGCACUGCAGUCCAUGGUUUUUCUGGAGAAGUACGAAAGGCGGUGUUACCCUUCAUGCAUAGUACUGUUGCCUUUGCUCUUAGUUCUCAGGAUAUUUCUGUGUUGGAGCAUUCAUCACCUUCUCUCUGGCGACAAGGGCAGGCGCUUGAGGCAGUUGGAUCUCUCUUACUUUCCCUUCUUGGGGAUAAACAGAGUGAUAGUUCUCUAGUUAUUUUUGCUGAUCAUAACUAUGAGGAUCCUUUAGGGGCUUCUGUGGCGCAGAGGAGUGGAUCACAACUUCUUGCUUUAAUACUUACACAGUUGUUUGAAGAACACUUUUCACAAUCUGUGCUUCAUGUUGUGAAGAGGAAACGAGAAGGAGAGAAGAAAGGUUUAGUAGAUCUUCUCCAUUUAUCUGCUGUAAUGUCCACAUUACGUGCUGAACCUUCACUUUGGGUCUGUCUUAUUGACAGUAACUCGGAUGUAGCGGCAGCGACAAGUUUUUUUCGACAAGGAAUAGAAUUUAUUCGACAAAAGUCUAUUCUAACACCAAAGAAGUUUCUCCUUAUUCAGCUUACUGGAAGUGGAAAUUUCGAUUUGCUUUCACAGGCUCUCUGCGGGGUACGAACUGUGUUGGAAGGACAUGGCCAACUCCACUUGGAGAGUGGGAUUGUUGAUAUUGAUCCCUGGACAGCUGCUGCUGUUGGCUACGUUGUAUUGGAGUUCACUAUAUAA